UUCCGGCACAUUUUCCCACAGUGGUGAGAGUCAGUUUGUGACGCAGCUGGAGGAGUUUCGGGGGCAGCGAGGCUCACACAUAUCAUCAGGUUGUUUGUGCUGCGACGCUUCACUGAUGCUCGGUCAUUGUUUAACGCUCAGUUAACUCGCGGACGUGACCAAAUGCUUCUCCAUCAGUUCGUGAACGGAGCCCUAGAAGUCAUGCACCCUACCGCGCUACAGAAGGACACCACUUUUACCAAAAUCUUCGUCGGCGGGUUGCCCUACCACACCAACGACGCCUCUCUGAGGAAAUACUUCGAGGCGUUCGGGGACAUUGACGAGGCUGUGGUCAUAACGGACAGACAGACCGGCAAAUCCAGAGGAUACGGCUUCGUGACGAUGACGGAUCGGGGCGCAGCAGAGAGGGCCUGCAAGGAUCCCAACCCAAUCAUCGAUGGGGAGGAAGGCCAAUGUCAACCUGGCUUACUUGGGUGCAAACCCCGCAGCAUCCAGACAGGCAUAUCCCUCGGAGUCCAGCCCAUUCACCCAGCACUCAUCCAGAGGCAGUAUGGGUUGGCCCACCCUUAUAUUUACCCACAAGCCUUUGUGCAGCCGAGUCUGGUCCUGCCCACUCAGGUCUCUACCUCCAUCAGCACCAGCCCCUACCUGGACUACAGUGCAGCCUACACCCAGUAUGCCCAGGCUGCCUUUGAGCAGCAGUAUCCAUAUGCCGCUUCGCCAGCCGGCUUCCUGGGCUACAGCUACGCUGCCAGCCCUGCUGCCACUGCCGGCCCGGCUGCCGCCGCCACUGCCCCAACCGCCAUCCAUCCCAGCCUUCCCUCUGCCACCGCCCCGGCCUUUCUGCACUAUGCCCCACAGCAGCACAUCCAGCCGGAUCGUAUGCAGUGAGCACAGGAGCCUUACAGCGGAGGAGGACGGCAAAGCGCUGCGCUGGGCAGCCUGCAGUCAUCGCUGUCAUCAGCAGGGACUUUUCAGGAAAAUGGGUGGGACUAUUGCACUAUACCAUCAGGAUGAGCCCUUUGCUCAGUGGUUAAAGGUAAAGGGGUGGGAGGGUCUUGAACUAUCAAGGUUUAGGUUGGCAAGCUAAAUGGCAUAAUGUAUGUGUUCGCUUCCAAAGGGCUUCCAGAAGCUGACACUUCAUUUUUUUUUUUAUCAUUAUUGUUGUUUUUUACCCUCCUUUUGUUGUUGUAUUUGUUUGUAUACCAUUAUUAUUAUUAUUAUUAUUAUUAUUUUUGAUUUACAUAGUGAAUCAGUGGAAGUUUUGUAUGUUUGUGGUACAUACCAAGUUUUGAGAGCUGUGUGUGACACGUGUCACCUCUUUCCUCCCAACUGUGGAGUAUUUGGGUUGGAUAUAAAUGGUACUGCUGUUGUAAGACACUGGAGGACAAGUCGAGGAAAAAACAAAAAUGAGAUGGCGUCUGACGGCACCACAGGCUCAUGAAGGUGGAGUCCCGUCCCGGUACCAUCCACCACCUGAUGAGCAAAGCUUCAGCUGUGCUCGGAGGAUGAGCAGAUUUCACCUUACAAAGGAAAAAAGUUUCACUAAAACUGUGGGAGUUCCUUUGUUUCAAAGACUGAUGUCAGGACUACAUUUAUUCUUUCUGUUUCAAUUAAAGAGGCCUUAAUAAAACUUUUUUUUUUUUUUUUUUUUUUUUUGAAUCUGUUCUUUUGAGCUCCCGCUUUCCCCCUCUUGAUCACUGCAGCCCACAGAGCCCUCCAUAACUGGCUGGAGGUCAGUCCUGUUUUGGUUCUUUUUUUAGCUUUUCGGAUGUAGAUAAUCAUACACAUUUUGUGGGUAAUGGGUGUAUAUCUGUUUGAAGGUAGCUGACACUGAACACCAGUGUGUAUGCCCCACCACCGCCACCACUGUUCUCCCAAAAGGACAUUCAUGUACAGCAUUUUAAAAUGUCUUCAGUUACCAUGUGCAUUCACGAUAUUUAUAUUUAGGUAUUUAUAAAAACAUACUAAGUUAAAACAGCUUUUUUUAUAGCUGCGUAGUUAUGGCAUUGUUUAACUUUUAGAAGCAUUUCUGCACAACCCCAUUUUCACCCUCCAGUAUCCUGUUGACAUGUCUGUAGAAUGCAACAAUUGCAGUAGUCGUAUGUAGAUGCUUUACAUUAGAUCAGAGAUUUUUUUUUUCCCUCAGUCCCUACGAAGAAGCCAUGCAAUAAAAUAAUUUGUACUU